ACUGAAAACAGAAUACUGACAGAGCUCCUUCGACGGAAUCAUCACCUCCUCCGCCCAUCCACCGUUUUCCGUAAACCAAAUUAUUGGCCACGAGGAUGCAUAUUGUAUUUUGACGUAGUAUAUGUGAGGAGGUUGAAGAACACAGCGGUAACGGAAAAUAUACGAAUUUGCAGUGAGUAACAGUAAUUCAUCGGGGUUCGGAUCGGCUACUAAGUUCUCUCCUCUGUGGUGAUGGUUGCAAGGACGAACUUAAUUAGCCGUCGGACGGGACAGAGGUUCCCGCAACCGGCGAUUUGGGCCGUUGGCUCAGUCAAGAUCAAGUUGUUACUUUUUAGUUGCUUUCUUCUGACGUUGAUCGUACUGGCAAGCCGAACGCCGUCAUUUUUAGGUUGGGAGCAUCAAAGCAUUCCUCCUCGUGAUCGAACAUCGAGGCAAGGGUAUACAUUGUUAAUUAACACAUGGAAAAGGUAUGAUCUUCUCAAGCAAUCCAUAUCUCACUAUACACGCUGUCCUGGACUAGACUCGAUUCACAUAGUAUGGAGUGAGCCUGAUCCUCCUUCAGAUCCUCUUUUGAAAUUUCUGAAUCAUGUUAUAAAGGCAAAUGUUGGAGCUGGUAGAAAAAUCGAGUUAGCAUUUGACAUAAAUGAGGAAGAUAGUCUCAACAAUAGAUUCAAAGAAAUCAAGAAUCCCAGGACAGAUGCUGUUUUUUCUAUUGAUGACGAUAUUAUAUUUCCUUGCUCAUCAGUAGAGUUUGCCUUCAGUGUCUGGGAAAGUGCACCAGAUACAAUGGUGGGAUUUGUACCUCGCGUCCAUUUAAUCGAUCAAUUGAAAGAAAACAAAGAUUCCUAUGUAUAUGGUGGAUGGUGGCCUGUUUGGUGGACGGGUACAUAUAGUAUGAUACUCUCAAAGGCAUCCUUUUUCCAUAGAAAAUAUCUACGUUUGUACACUAAUGAAAUGCCUGCAUCACUCAAGGAAUACGUGAAGAGGAACAGGAAUUGUGAGGAUAUUGCAAUGUCGUUCCUGGUUGCUAAUGCCACAGGUGCCCCUCCUAUAUGGGCAAAAGGCAAGAUUUACGAGAUUGGAUCCACUGGAAUUAGCAGUCUGGGAGGCCAUAGCAACAAAAGGACUGAAUGUAUCAAUAGGUUUGUAUCUGAAUUUGGUAGGAUGCCGUUGAUACCGACCACUGUGAAGGCUGUCGACAGCCGUGCUACCUGGUUCUGGUGACACUAUAACCUUUUAUUUUCUUACUUUUUACUAGUUUACCACUCAUUUAGUACGAUAUUAAGACGUAGCUAAUUAUGUAUGUUAUAUUUGUCACUCAUUUUAACGUUUGUAGCAGCCAUUAAUAGUUUAGUCAAACCAUCGUGCGUUAGCAUCCGUAUGGAACCUGAAGCUUAGCCUGUUAUUUUGUACCAUUUGAUGUAACAACAUAUUUUAGAUGAAAGAUGGAAGCCUUCGUUAAUUGGUUCGAUUGGUUA